AUAAAUUAUGAGGUUUAUUAUGCCGUAUAUCUAUAGUGGCAACUAGAAAGCUCUCAGCUUUCACCUAUUAUUAUUGCUUGUAAGAAGUAAAAAUUUACUGAACCAAGCGAAAUUGGAUAUACAUAUACAGUGUGUCCCUAUUAUCUGAAGCGUAUCUCUCUUCCUUCUAUUUACUGCGCUGAAUUUUAGUAUGAAAAUAAUAGUAUGACAUUCUAUAGUCUAAAAUGUGAUUGGAACAGUCUGUGAUAGGUAUGUAAAAAUGUUCAGAAUAAUUACAGUCUUAUAAUUGUUGGAAUAUUAGAAUCAACUCAUUUUUUAUUUGAAAAAUUUAUAUUCAUAAAUGAUAACAUGUAUUGACGGCAGUAAAUAGAGUAAACCGAUUGCUAUGUUGGUAACAGCUAAAUUAGUACAUCUAAAAAUUGGCAAGCAGUUUUACAUAUUUAAUUGUUGGUUAUUUAAAGUGAAAAGUAGUAUAUGAACAAUUUUGAUUUAUUUGAAAUUAAAUAUAAAUCAUUGAAAUGGGUUCUGUACAAAGCACUCGUAAACUUACUAUAAAUAAUGAAGAAAUAGGUGUUGUAGGAAUAUCAGAAUCAGUUGUAGAACGAUUAAUUCAAAAAGUUAAUGAAAAAAGUGAAAUUGGGAAUGAAGUAAGACCUAGUACUGUUAAGACACCAUCUCCUAGCGAAAAUGUAUCUCCACAGUAUUCUCAAAGUGGUGAUACAGCAGUCACUUCUGGAUACGCCGUCCCUUAUCCACAAUUAACAAUAACUGCCCUUAAAAUGCAGCAACAAAAAGAACAGGAACUGCGUAACCAAGAAAAAUAUUGGCAAAAACGCUUGGAGAAUUUGCAGCAAAAGCAUGCAAAGAUUAAUAAUAUUAUAAAUCUAGAAUAUAAAAGAGCAGUAAAUGAAUUAAAAGCAAAUGAUGGUAAAAAACCAAAUAUUGAAGAUACUGUACAACCAUGCCAGAACAGUUCAGAAAAAGUACUCAAAUGUUAUCAAGAUCAUCCGAAAGAAAUUUUGAAGUGUUCCGAUUUAGUUGAAGAAUUUUCUUCUUGUGUGGAUGAACGUCGUGCACGUGUGAUUUCUGCACGUUGUUAAUAUAUUUUAAUAUCCAACAAUACUGCUAGUGUUCAAUUAAAUUUAAUGUUCUUUAAGCAAACAAAUUUAGUCAUUGAAAAUAAAUUAUCUAGUGCUUAAUAAAAUUUUGACUAUUUAUUUUUACAUUACAGCGCUGUUUAUUGUA